AAGAGUUUGACAGGAGACAACAGACAAAAAAAAAAAAGGGUGGCUGCGGAGACCCCCACAAUGGCCUCGGUGGGGUUACAGAUAUCAGCUUUUGUGGUAGCGCUGCUUGGUGUAUGUGGGGCCAUUGCUGCUACUUUGUUACCUAACUGGAAGGUCAAUGCAGAUACUGGAGCAAAUAUUAUAACUGCAGUGACACAAAUGCAAGGGCUGUGGAUGGACUGCACAUGGUACAGCACAGGUAUGUUUAGCUGCACGGUGAAAUACUCCAUCCUUUCACUGCCAGUCUACAUCCAGACUGCAAGGACCACCAUGGUGCUCUCCUGCAUCUUCUCAGGCUUCGGUAUCUGCAUAUCCAUGGCUGGAAUGAAGUGCACAAAACUAGGGGGCGAUCGGCAGACAAAAAGCCAUAUUUCUUUUGUUGGUGGAACCUGUUUUUUGCUGGCUGGAAUAUUCGGGAUGAUCCCGGUGUGUUGGUACAUGAAGGAGAUUAUUUCUAUCUUCUUGGAUCCUUCUAUCCCAGAGAGUGGCAAGCAUGAACCAGGAGGAGCUGUGUAUGUAGGAUUUAUUUCUGCUGGGAUGCAUAUUCUAGCAGGUGCAGUCUUCUGUGCAUCGUGCGCUAAAAAGCAGCAUGAGAACUGGGAACCACAUCCGAAAAAACAAUCUCAGCCAGCAGCUCAGCAAUCAGAAAACAACAAUGCAGGCUAUAAUCUCCAGGACUAUGUGUAAAUGGAAACAAAUGCCAUAAUAUGUCUGUCUGUUUGUUUUUUUGCACAACAAUUUACAAUAUAUAUUUGUUAUUUUCCUAAUAUAAAAAAAUCUCUUUAAAUGAAUUAUAUUUUAUUUAAUUACACUCAUAUUGAAAUUGAUUUUGCUACCAUAAUGGAAAUUAAAACAACAAAAGAAGAAAAUAAUGAGAUUAUAUUUAAAAAAUAUAUUUGUAUGCAUGAAAAAUAUUGUAUAUUUAAAACAAAAUAAAUCAGAUAAAAGAUGUA